AUGGCGCUGGAGGUGGAGGCGUCCGGGGCUCCCCUGAGCUCCUUCCUGAAAGACUUCCCGUCUCCGCUGGGCCCGGGGGAGCCGCUGCCGUGGAGCUCGGCGGGGAGCGGCGCCCUCAGCAAGGCCGAGGUGCCGGGCGCCCUGGCCGAGCGGGCGAGGAGCCUCCUGGGCGGCAGAGGUGUUUCACCACUUCUUGCAGCAUCGUUGAUCCAUGCUGCAGUUAAUGAAGUUCUCCAAACAGACCUGACUGAAUUUAAGCAGCAAAAUGUGGAAACAGAGGGAGAAGGAGAUGAGGAAAGGUUCACCUUGCUGGAUGGAGAGUCGUUGCAGCGCUGCUUCUUUAACAAGCUCUGGGAUGUUUGCUAUGAGUGGCAGAAGCAGUUGCCACCACUGAGACCACUGAAGCGGUUCUUGCUUGUUUCCAUCCAUGCCAUCCGUAACACCCGGCGGAAAAUGGAGGACCGCCACGUUCUGCUUCCAGAGUUCAACCAGCUCUUUGGUUUAUCAGAUGACACUGAUCGCGCUUUCUUUGCGGUAUUUGAUGGCCAUGGUGGAGUGGAUGCUGCCAAUUAUUCGGCAACGCAUUUACAUGUAAAUGUUGGACUACACGAAGAGAUUGUUAAGAAUCCAGCUGAGGCCUUGAAAUGCUCUUUCCAGAAGACAGAUGAAAUGUUUCUUUUCAAAGCCAAGAGAGAGAAGCUGCGGAGUGGCACAACAGGUGUAUCUGCACUGAUUGUAGGGAACAGGCUGCACAUAGCAUGGCUAGGGGACUCGCAGGUAAUGCUUGUGCAGCAAGGAAAAGCUGUGACGUUAAUGGAACCUCACAAACCAGAAAGAGAAGAUGAGAGAGAACGUAUUGAGACUCUGGGUGGUUGUGUGACCUAUAUGGACUGCUGGCGGGUUAAUGGUACCUUGGCUGUUUCCAGAGCAAUUGGUGACAUAUGUCAGAAACCCUACAUCUCAGGUGAUGCAGAUGGAGAUUCGUUUGAGCUGACUGGUUCCGAAGAUUACUUGCUCCUAGCUUGUGAUGGAUUCUUUGAUGCUGUCAAGCCAUACGAGGUUGUAGACUUGGUCUUAGAUCAUUUAAUGCAAACCAAAGGAGUGGGUCUCAAAGCAGCAGAAAGACUGGUGGCUGCUGCAAAGGAAAACGGAUCCAGUGAUAACAUCACUGUUCUGGUGGUCUUCUUGAGGGAUCCUCAGGACAUCUUGGCAGACUGUCUCAAAGACCCUAAGAGCCUUGGGGCUGGUGAUGAUGCUCAGAGCUCACCCUUUAACUUCCUCAGCUGUGAGGCGGCAGCCACACAGUGACAAAAUGUGCUUAAUCAGGACAUUCAAAUAAGUUCACAUAAGGAACUGCUUUCCACUGAAGAAGCCUCUAAUAAAAUAGGCAAAACACGUCAGGAGAGAAAUGACAAAUGGACAAACAUCUAACAAAAAGGCAAGACUCCUUUUACUGAGUUCCCAUUUGUCUUUUCCUUCCUUUCUUCUCCCCUCAAAAAACACUGAGCAGAUGUGGAGAUCUGUACAGCUAUUUCGUCUCUGGGAGCAGAUGUCUAAAAUGUGUCCCAGGGCUGCUGGUCAUGUCCCUCUGCCCUGGAAGUGGUAAGAAACCAUAAUAUGUAUAAGCUAAUGGGUGAGAACACCCGUUUGUGAAU